AUGUCUGAGAUGGAGGAACUAAAAGAAAAAGUUGACGACAUUUUAGAACGGAUUCUGAUCGAAUGUGGUGGACUGGGGAAACUUCAAUGGAUUGUGAUCCUUGUUGUGAUUGGAAGUAAACUGGCUAUAACAUGGAGCAUGUUAAUGAUGUCGUUUGCUGGAGCCACGCCUGACUGGUGGUGCGCAUGGGCAAACAGAACUUCCGGAUUCAAUGACAGUUACAUAGAUUCACUGAAAUCCUGUAGACCACCGUCCAACUCUUCUUUUGAUGACACCUGUUUGUCGAUACGUUUCAGUGACGAAAUGUCCACGGUCGUUAGCGAGUGGAAUCUCAUUUGUGAUGAAGAAUGGAUAACAUCUACUAUAACCACCAUACAGAUGGGAGGACUCCUGGCUAGUGGCUUCAUCGCGGGUCAAGUUGCUGACCUUAUUGGUCGCAAACCUACCUUCUUCCUCUCUCUCGUCUUAUUGGCAGCCAGCAACCUGGUCUGUGGUUUUUCUACUUCUUGGCAGAUGUUUGCAGUGGCUCGAUUUGUGAUAGGCCUAGCUUGUGGAAUGUACUUAACUGUAUUCUUUAACUUUGUCUUGGAGUUCAUCCCUACACGUUAUAGAGCCAUGGUAAUGGCGAUCCCUGCUUGGCCGGUGUUUGCGGCGUUCUUUGGGCUUGUUUGUUGGUGGUUAAGAGAUUGGCAGUAUAUCCAUUAUGCCACUGCUAUCAUCACGGCACCAUUCCUACUUGGAAUUUUUGUGGUACCAGAAAGUUUUCGGUGGCUGGUUUCUCACCUCAAAACAGAAAAAGCCGAAAAAGUUAUAAAUCAUAUCGCUAAAAUAAAUGGUAAAAAGAUGCCGGAUGUAACAAAACUCAUUGCAGUGUGCAAGAAAGAGGCAGAGUUGAAAACAGACAAGAAAUACUCUCUCAUAGAUAUAUUCAGAGAUAGGAGGCUGACAAAGCAUUCAUUCUUAUUGUGGUUUAUAUGGUUAGCGAGCGGUUACUCUUACUAUGCGAUAUCAUUCGGUGUAGAAGAACUUUCUGGAGACCUCUAUCUUAACAUGUUUCUUCUGAGUGCUGUGGAGAUUCCCGCUCAAGCGGUCACGUGGUUCUUCAAUAACUGUAUUGGAAGAAGAUGGACAUGCUUUAUGUUUUAUAUGGUUGCUGCAGUUGGUGGGAUAGCAGUUGGGACAGUACAAGUUCUCAAUCCUACCAACAGCUCCACUAUAAUUAACGGUUGUGCCAUGGUGGCCAAACUGGGCGUGGCUGCUGCCUGGGCCUCCCUCAUGACGUUUACAACAGAGACGUACCCCACUGUUGUCAGGAAUAUAGGAUAUGGGUGUGCCAAUUCAAUUUCUCGUGUUGGAGCAAUGGCAGCUCCACAAAUUGUUCAACUGAGUAAAUCUGUUUCCGGUUUAAUGUACUUUCUGUGUGGCACGCUGAUGUUUUUCUCAGCCAUAUCUGCGGCGCUAGUUCCAGACACAAAAGGGAAAGUGAUGGAAAAUCAGAUAAGGAAGUCAGGAAGAUCUGAUAUUUACCAAAUGUCAGGUGAAAUGAAAGAGAAAGAAGGUAUAAGUUGAUAUCCACAUCUGCAUUCAGUGGUGUUUCCGCCUGGACUACAUGAUGCAUAUAGUAGAAGACGAUCUUAUACACUUUU